AGGCCUUUCUCACAUUUCCUGCUUCCGGAAAUAUGACGUUGAGCAAUGCAGUGGUCUCGCGCUUCCGGUUUUAGAUUUGCAAUGGCCGAAUCCUCUCGCCGGUGUUACUGCAGCGUUCCUGCUUGCUCUAACUCGAAACAGAGACACCCCUACCUCAGUUUUCAUGAUUUUCCCAAAGACGAAGGCUUGCGAAAGUCCUGGGUGAGAUUAAUAAGGAGGGACGAGGGUCCGUUUUUUAAUAUACUCCGCGGGAGCACCCACGUAUGUAGCCUGCACUUCGACAGUGCAGACAUUUACGUUUCGAAAAGUGGCAGAAAACGCUUAAAACCUGGAGCUUUGCCUCGCCGUUUUGCCUGGAACAACUGGGGAAAGGACCAGACAUCUCGGGAGUCCGCCUUCGAUCGCGCUAGAGCUCGUCUUGGAGUUGACGUUCGUGCAGAGAAUGUUGCUACUCAGGCUAACCAUACAGCCGAUGAAGCUAACCAAGUUUCAGCUGUGGAUGAAGAGGACGAGCUACAACCUACAACAGACCAUAACUACUGUGCGUGCUCUCAUCCUUCAGGUGACUCUGCUGCUGAAAGGAUCAGAGAAUUGGAAGCCAGGGUCAGAGAAUUAGAAUCUCAACUCCAGGACAUGUCUGCCACAACACUGCAAAUCAACAGAUAUUGUUCAACUGAUGAAGAGUUCAGAUUUUACACACGGUUUACAUCAGAGAAAGUCUUUUUGAUCUUCUGGGAUUCUGUCACCCCCUCAGCAUCAAGGUUAGUCUACUGGAGUAAGGCACAGAGGGUUGAGGAUGUCAUGGAAAUUGAGAAACCAAGUCCAAACCGGAGACUAGCACUUGUGGAUGAAUUCUUCAUGUACUGCUGCCGUGUUGCUGUUGGCCUGAAAGAAAAGGUCUUAGCCGACAUCUUUGGAGUCAGCACUGCAACUGUAAGCAGAGUAAUCAUAACAUGGGCCAACUAUUUGUACCUUGUCUUAGGAUCAAUGCCAAUCUGGAUGUCGAGGGAGCAAGUUCAAGCAACAAUGCCGGAGAAGUUUACACGGUACUGUUCAAAUGUGAGGGUGAUUCUGGACUGUACCGAAGUCAGAUGUGAAACACCAUCAUCUCUUACUCUCCAGUCUGAAACAUUUUCAGCAUACAAAAAUCACACCACUUUCAAAGCAUUGAUAGGUGUGGCCCCAUGUGGUGUGAUCACAUUUGUUUCAAAGCUUUUCACAGGCUCAAUAUCUGACCAAGAAAUUACAAGGCAGUCUGGAAUUCUCACAUUACUGGAGCCAGGAGAUGCAUGCAUGGCAGACAAGGGCUUCAUUAUUGACCAGAUGCUGUCUGAGGUUGGUGCAAGUCUCAUUAUCCCCCCUUUCAAACGAGGUACCUGCUUCAGCAAAGAGGAAACAGAAAAAACACAAGCAAUAGCUCGUCUCCGGAUCCUGGUGGAGAGAGCUAUCAGGAGAGUCAAGGAAUACCACAUUUGGGACACAACCAUUCCUCUGACCCUCUCAGGCUCAGUCAAUCAGCUAUGGACUAACUGCUGUUUAAUGACAAAUUACCAAGGACCGUUAGAAAAAAAGAGCAAUUUACCAGUUUAAAACUCAGACACAAUUGCAUGUUUAUAUUUUUAAUAAUAAUAAAAAAAUAAUAAUAAAAUAAUAAUAAA